UUCGUGGUUUGUGUCUUAACCCAUAUUUUAUGUGAUCUUAUAGUUCUGCAUGGUUACAAAGAGGCUAGUCGGCUAUAUGAUGUCCUAAUGAAUCGCCAACAAUACAAUAAAUUGCUUCGACCUGUUACCAACGCGAACAAUACACUAACAGUAUAUUUCGGGUUGGGACUUUUACAAUUAAUGGAUUUGGAUGAGGUAAACCAAAUACUAACAACUAACGUGUGGGUGGAGCUGGAGUGGACAGACUCAAAGCUGAUCUGGGAACCUGCAGAUUUUGGAGGAGUUACCACUCUCUUUAUACCUUCCGAUCAACUCUGGUUGCCUGAUUUGCUCCUAUAUAAUAAGGCAAUCGUUUUCUACAACGGCACUGUCAAAUGGACACCACCAGCAAUAUUCAAAAGUUCGUGCCCAAUAAACGUCCAAUACUUUCCUUAUGACAUGCAAGAGUGUUCAAUGAAAUUCGGUUCGUGGACAUACAAUGGACAUCAAGUGAGCUUAAAACACAUCACACAGAAACACAUUCCUGAGCAUGAGGGGAACUUUGAUCUUCUUCAAGUCUCAGCUAUUCGUCGGGCCGAAUACUACACCUGCUGCGAAGAUCCCUUCAUUGACGUGACUUUUAAAAUUGCCCUGAGAAGAAAAACCCUCUUUUACACAAUUAACCUCAUCAUACCAUGUGUAGGCAUAGCCUUUCUGACGAUUCUGGUUUUCUACUUGCCUUCCCAAAGUGGAGGAAAAAUCGCACUGUCGAUAAACGUCCUUCUUGGACUGACAGUGUUUCUCCUCCUUUUAACUGAAUCCAUUCCGCCCACCGGCCUGAUGAUUCCACUCAUUGGAAAAUACCUUCUCUUUACCAUGGGUCUCGUGUCAUUGUCAAUUUUGAAGACUAUCUUUGUGCUUGAUUUGCACAACAAAACACCAGAUAGGCCAGCGCCUAAAAUAGUCAAAGAGAAACUCGGUCCAGCUCUUCGGUUGAUUGGCCUAGGGACUCCGGAGUUACGCAGGAGUCAAACUUUGCCUAAGGUAAGUUUCAACGCUUAA